UGCUCGACAUCAGUCAAUAACCCCUCCAAACAACCACUUCCACAACCGCCCACAAUCGCCGUAAUUCAAACAUCCAAAGGCUCCGGCCUGCACCCUACAAUGUCCGGUCCAAUUACAAUAACGUCCCCGCAGCAGCUGAGCACUCUGCUCUCAUCUUCCCGCAUCGUGGUCGUGAAAUUCUACAAUGAAUGGAAUGCCAUGAGCGAGACAAUCUCCGCCGUCUACGAUUCGCUGGCCGACCAGAUCUCACGCCCAGGCGCCGUCACAUUCGCAAAGGUCAACGCUGAGCAGCAACCCCAAAUAGCACAGAGCUACCAAGUCGCCAGCCUACCAGCCUUCAUAAUCUUCAAAACCGGCAGCGUGCUCCAGAAGAUCAACGGCGCGAACACCCGACAGCUCCACGAAGCGAUCAAGCGAUUAGCCGCCGAGGCAAACAGCGACGAGGCCUCCGACGACUUCGGAGGCGCGGGCUCGAGCAGUGGUAGUGGAGGAGCAUGGCUGGGUGCGAGUCUUCCCCGCGGGUACACCGACGUGACGGACCAGGUCGACGUCCGCGGGCUGGACCUCUUGAAUGCGGACAGUGAGUUUGGAACCGUGCGGACGCUGUUCGAGACGUCGGCGCCGAAGUCUCUGGGGAAGGGCAAGGGGAAGGGAGCGUCGACGGGUGGGGAGGCGAAGCCGGACUGGGUGGAGAGCGAUGUCGAUGAGCAGUUGAUGCUGUAUAUCCCGUUCACGUCUACGCUGAAGGUGCACACCAUCCAGAUCACCUCAUUACCGCCGACCUCAAACGAUGAUGACGAUGAUGACGACGACGACGACGACGAGGCCCCCGUACGACCGAAGACCGUCCACAUCUACACGAACAAGCAACACAACCUAGGAUUCGAGGAGGCGGAGGACAUCACAGCGACGCAGACGAUCGAGCUGAAGCCGUCAGACUGGGACGCAAAGACCGGGACGGCCAAGCUGGAGCUCCGCUUCGUCAAGUUCCAAAGCGUGUCGUCGCUCGUGCUGUUCGUCGCCGACGGCGAGGGCGAGAGCGAGAAGACGCGCAUCGACAGGAUCCACAUCAUUGGCGAGUCUGGCGAGAAGCGCGACAUGGGCAAGCUCGAGAAGGUUGGCCACGACGAUUGAGCGGCUGCUCUGUAUUCUCAUAGAUUCAUGAAAGUUACUUUACUGCUUGCUCAGUCAGUGGUGGAGAAUGACUUAGACUUUUUAUGUGGAACGGAGAAUUAUGAACUAGGAAUCGGAAAUCAAGAAUCACAGUUAUCAAAAACAUUCCAAAGCGAGCCUUAUUGCUUUUUUAUCUGCUUCUUUGAGGUCUUCACUAUUCCUUUCUGAAUCUGUUUUCCCAAUUAAAUGACCAUGUGUGCGUGCGUGCAUUUAAUUGUCGUUAAUCAAUCAUACUAGAUUCCGAAAAAAAGAUAUACAAGUAUCACGUAUCAAGUAUCAUUUUUGGCACCUACCACAUAGUAUAAAAAAUCCACCGUGCAUCUUCGU